GUUAUUUGUGGUCAGAAAUUAUGGGAAAGCGGCAACUUUAUUCGGAUUUCAAUUAUCUGGAAUUUGAAAUAUGGCAUGCACCAGCUGGACAAAUUUUCUAUGUACCAUAUAAUUAUACGCGGAAUUACAAUUUUGAAAUGAAAUACUGGAAUCCUGUAGCAGUACAUCUGUUCUUUUAUAAGCAUUGGAGUAAAUCAGUUUAUAUUGCUGCUUUUUACAUUUGUAUAAUUCAUGCUUUGCAACGUUAUCAACGAACUCGAAAAGCUCGAAAUCUUCGAUUACCAUUAUGCAUAUGGAAUUUAACUCUUUCAUUAUUCAGUCUCAUUGCAACAAUUAGAUUUGGCGAAGAAUUUUACAGUACUCUAACAACACGUCCAUUUGUGCAUUCAAUUUGUUAUGCAAUUUCACCCUUUCAACCAGCCGCUGUUUGGGCUUUCAUAUUUGCAAUAUCAAAAGUUGUUGAACUUGGUGAUACCAUUUUUUUGUUAAUGCGUAAGAAGCCAAUAAUAUUUUUACAUUGGUAUCAUCAUGCAGUUGUUCUUAUCUAUAGUUGGAAUGCUGCAGUUGAAUUAACAGCUGCAGGCCGUUGGUUUAUUAUGAUGAAUUAUUUUGUACAUUUUAUAAUGUACGCAUAUUAUUCGAUUGCAGUAUGGAGUAUUCGAUUACCGAAAUUAUUUUCCAUGUUUGUUACUGUGCUACAAACAUCACAAAUGCUCACUGGUAUUUUCGUUUCAAUGAUUGCACUCAAACAGAAACUCAAAAAUGCUGUUUGUCAGCAAUCAAUGGAUAAUCUUGCACUUGGUUUUGCGAUUUACUCAUCAUUUGCUGUACUUUUCAUACGAUAUUUCCAUAAUACAUAUAUGAGGCCGAAGAAAUUUUUAGGGAAAAAAAUGGAGUAA